CAUCUACGUACUGAGCUUCCCACCGUGCUGUCACAUUUUAUUUAGUGUUUGAGCUAGUGCUAAAGAUUCAGCUUAUCUGGCCUCAGCACUCUUCCACUCUUUUAGUUCUUUGUCUAUUAUUCACAAAUUAGUGCGUACGUCCUGAUUCCUAGUCUUGAGUACGUGGCUGUCACAUUACCGAAACCUCGAAAUUCGGGAUCCACGACCACCUUGGACGCAGCAGAUCAUUCCAACGGCUCCUACACACGUCAUGCUGGAAAGCUGGCGAACUGCUUUACGAGAUAUGAUGCGAGAUCACGUUCAAGUUCCGAUGACCGCUGUCAAGGAAAGCAUCAUGUGUCACAGAUGGCCUGCCGCAUUCCGGAACGAAGUCUACCAUCAAAUUCAAGCUCCAAUAAGCUACCUGCUGACAUGGGACACCUGGAUGAAAUGGGUGAUUGCUGCCCUAUAUUUCCACCACGAGCACCUAUGGUCAUGCUUCAUCAUCAGCCUCAUGAUUAUCUUCUUCGGGUGUUGGCGCAUUUGCGUUCUUUCUCGAGAGCAAGCACGCCAGUGUCUGAUUAUCCAUCGUAUUAUGGACAAGCCAUCCAGCCCAGAGAGAGAUGAAGUUAUUCUAGAUAUUUGUCUCGAAAUUAAGGAGGGGUAUGAAAGAGAAGGAAUGCUUGGGUUAUGGAGAGCAGAGAAGCUGGUGGAAAUUCCGAGCGUGGAGAAGCAUUGGGAACAGGAGAAUCCUGGAUAUGUGAGAGUCAAGCGUAGGGUGCGAGAAGAGUGUGACAAGUUUGACAUUAAUAUUCCCUAAUACAAGUAGAUUUAUAGGUAAAUGUGUGUAUGUCGACUGUCUAGUCUCAAUUCUUCUUGCAUAGUACAGCUUUGUGAGAUCUUUCUUUCUUGAGAAGGUAGCUCUUUUUUCAAAUUAAACUAGAAGGAUACUCAUCAUCGGGUC